AUGGGAUUGAGCAGUGAGGAAGCGUAGAAUUAGAUCAAGCUAUUUUGGUUAGGAAGGCUAAAGAAAACCGCAUGCUUGAUUGUCGAAGAUGAUAAUUAUUUUAAGCCUUUGAAACAGAAAAUUGAUGGAAUAGUGUGGCCUCAAGGUAAAGCAUAAAACUUGAUUUAUAUUGCUUAUAUAGUAAUUGGAAGUUAACUUCAAGUCAUAAAUGUGGGAAAUGUUGAUAAAAUAGUUGAUGUUUUAAAAUCUGAGCCACAAAGCAUCGAUUUACAGCUAACUUUGAAUGAACAACAAAUUUAAUUUUUGGACUAAUUACUCAACUAUCAAAAGCCUAUUAAGAAGAUAGUUAUACCCCCAAAAGAAGAUCCUGAGCUUGUUGAAAAUGUAAAGCCUAUUCCAGUGAAUCCAUUAGACCUACUAUUUAAAAAGACUCAAGCAAAGCCUGCAUUAUAUUUCUUGCCAAAUACAUCCGAUGAAGUUUUAGCAAAGAAAAGAGUGGAUUUAUAAAAAAUCAAGCAACAGUCAAUUAGUUCAAUCUAAUUAAAAAGAUCUAGAUCAAGAUCAAUAGAAAAGUAAAGAAAAUGA